AUGAACGCGGCCGGCUUCCCCUGCCUGCGAGGCAUGUGCACGCUGCCGGCGCCCAGCCCCGCCGCCGCGGCCAGCCCCGGCUCCCCCGGGCCGCCCCGGGGGUCUCCGCCCGCCGGCCAGGCGCCGCCGGUGAAGCCGGAGCCGCGGGGCGGUGGGGGCAGCCCUCCUCCCCCGCCGCCGCCCCCCACCGAGGAACCGCCGCCCCCCGCCGGGGGCCGCCGGAGGAAGCGGCCGGUGCAGCGGGGCAAACCCCCCUACUCCUACAUCGCCCUCAUCGCCAUGGCCAUCGCCAACGCCGCCGAGAGGAAGCUCACCUUGGGGGGCAUCUACAAGUUCAUCACCGAGCGCUUCCCUUUCUACCGGGAGAACCCCAAGAAGUGGCAGAACAGCAUCCGCCACAACCUCACCCUCAACGACUGCUUCGUCAAGAUCCCCCGGGAACCCGGCCACCCCGGCAAGGGCAACUACUGGACGCUGGACCCGGCCGCGGAGGACAUGUUCGACAACGGGAGCUUCCUGCGUCGGAGGAAGCGCUUCAAGCGCACCGACAUCACCACCUACCCCGGCUACAUGCAAAACUCCAGCGCCUUCACGCCCCCGCCCGCCGGCCGCCCCACGGCACCCACAGCCCCCUACCCCAACGCCCUCUGCUCGCCCGGCUACGGCCCCCAGCUCUCCAGCACCGUCUUCCACCCCUACGCGGCCGGGGCAGCACCGCCGGCGCAGCAUCCCAGGAUGUUCAGCAUCGACAGCCUCAUCAGCGGGCAGCAGGCCCUGCAGCCCUCGCCGCCCGCCGAGCUGGGCCACCCAUCGCUGGGCUUGCCCGGAGCUGAGCUGGCUCCCGCCUGCUCCGCCAGCACCUCCGAGCCUCCCUGCUUCCAGGCGCAGCCCGUCAGCCCCGGCUUGUUGGGCCGGGCCGGCCCCAACACCCUGGCUUACCCCUACGCCGCUUCGCCGCCCCACCUGCCCGUGGCACAGGGCAGCUACUCUCCCGGCAGCCCGCAGCUCUACGGGGCUCCCAACAGACUGGCUCUGCCGGCCAUGCGGCCCCCCGCCUGCGCCGAGCACGGCGAGCAGCUCCUGGGGCUCUCCGCGUCGCCGCUCGGCCAGUUCGGCUCCAGCAACACCUACAUGAGGCAGCCCAAUUUCCCCGGCCUGGAGCGGUACAUGUGA